UUUGAAGUUUAAUGCGACAAAAUUAAAAUCUUAGGUACCUAGUUAAACGAUUCAGUGCAAAGAAGACGAUUUUUAUUUUUGUAGGAUUGCAUUUUUUUGUUGCAGUAUUGGUAUUUAAAGUGCUCCAAACUUAUUUUAUUUGGAUACGCUACGAUGUAUUUGACAUUGACAGCUUGUUGGCAUUUGGCUUGCUUGCUCAGCCAGCUGAUCAUCAUCCAUCUCUGCUAGUGUCUGCUAGGGUACAAAAAAGAUAACAGAAGGCUGCGAUUUGUGAAUGUGAAGUUGUUACGAAAUUGUGUUAAAGUGCAUCUAGGUAUUCUGGAUUUGUAAAAUGGUUUCUAGCUAUACUUACUGUUUGUUUGAUUAGUUGUCUUCCAUUCAUCAUCAGAAGAAAAUAUAUUUCAUUCUUCGUUUAUCCCAAGGAGUCAAUUAUUAUUCAUACACACAGUCAUUAAACAACCAUUUUGCAAGUCUAAUAUGCAGAAGCACCAAAAAGAUCUGCCUUCGGUCGUGAAGUGAACCAGUCUGAACUAGUGUGAGCGCGAGUGCUUGAGACAUGUGAACUUUUUUUGUGCAAAAAUGGAGGAAAAAAAGAGAAGUUAUUAUAAUUGUUCAGUGGAGGGCUGUUUAAAUUCAACAUUAAAUUGUGACUUGUCGUUUUUUAAUCUACCACUUAAUUCUGAGAGGCGAAAUGAGUGGCUAAGAGUGAUCCACAGAAAAGAUUUAAUAGAUUCAAGUUGCUUUCGUACACGCGUGUGUGAAGCUCAUUUUCGUCCCAACUGCAUUUUAAUUCAUUCAAAUCGAAAGUCGUUAAAAAAAACAUCAAUUCCGCAACUGCUCCUACCAUUACCGAAAAAUUUUGCAAAUAAAGGAAUUCAAGCAAUAUUUGAAACAGCCGAUGCAAAUGUGCAAUGUGAUUAUGAUUCUCAAACAAAUGAUCAAGUGGAAACUCCAUUACACCUUUUAAAAGAUAUUCCUCGAAAGAGAAAACCUUUAAGUGAAGCCAAAGUUGACAGCCCUAGCCGGACCGCCGAGAGUAGACGAGGUCAAACUAUGCCUGUUACUGAACAAGGUUCAAACACGAGCAUUUCAAAUAUUAUUCUUGAUUUGGAAGAAGAAACACCACACGGUCCAAUAGAAAAGGAUGAUUCAAAUGAAAAUUCUCAAUUAAUCUACAAUAAGCAACCGGAGACGCCCAGGACAAAUAUUACACAAGACCCUUUAAUAUCAACUAAUACAAGUACACCUCUAUGUUCUAAUAACUUAGAAACAAAUAAACAAACCGUAACCGAUCACAUACCCACAUCGGAUUUGAUGAAGUUUCUGGUUGAACAAAAAAAUAAAGAAAAGAGAGACGAAGACAUAGAAAGGUUCUUUAAAAGUAUAGCGGCGACUGUGAAAAAGUUUUCGGAAAGACAUCAAUCUAUCAUAAAAAACAGGGUAUUCGAAUGUGUCUCAGAAAUAGAAAUGAAGGAAAUUGAUGAAAAAGAGCAACGGAACAACGAGGGAACGGAUACACGCCACGAGCAACCCGAGGAGCCUAAGCAAUUUGUGAGAUGCGGUCUGUGCAGCAUAGCAAUCACGGGGUUUGUUUACGCGUGCGUGCAAUGCGGCGAGCGCGCGUGCGGCGCGUGCGACGCUCAGAGGCGCCACACGAGGCACCACGUGAUGCGCGCGCCUUGCGGAAGCAAUGAGAACGACGUCGAAGUGAUAGUGAGCAAAGUCCGCGAGGCGUUAUCUGGCACGUCCAUGAAGCGCUGUGAUUCUCCUGACGACGCACCAACCCUUGACUCGGAUGAGAACGGAUACGCGGAGAUCAAGAUCGAAGUGGACGAGGGAGACCUACAGACUGCCUACGAAGACCGCGUCACGAGUGCUGCCUCUCAGAUAGUGCCAGAAGCAGUUGAAGUGAAGAUCGAGGCUUUCGACCCGCUCGCCGACCCCCCGCCGACCAAGAAGAGGAAACCCGGGGACCCUCCACCAUACCCAAAUAGAUCAACCAAGGAAGAUCAGCAUCCUGUCAAACAGGAGCCAUCAGACUAGAUACAUGGACAUUCUGAACUUAAAGGAUCCCAGUUUAAAGGGUGGUAUACUUGAGGGAAAAAAUGCGCGAAAGAAAGACACUUGAGCGAACGCACAAGCGCGAAAAGAUAUUUGCCCGCACGGACACUAAGUGCGCAAAUGGCCGUUUGCGCGAAUAGACACUUGACCGAAAGACAGGACGCAUUAUCGAGGAAGGAAUAAGCGGGAACGACAUUUUUGGGAUAAAUGAUCGCCCAUGUAAUAUGGAAAUUCUUAAAGGCACUACGUUCGACCCAAAGGACGAUGGAUCGAAAGAAAGAAACACACAUAGCCCGCAGAAUUGCUAAAUAAAAUCAAGUGGCAGAGGGCGGGCACAUAGCUCGCAGAGCUGAUGGCCGCUUGAGCAGAAAAGUUCGAGUGGCGCCCACGAUUUAGAAGACGCAAUGCUAUGACGACGCAAUGACUAAGUGGACCGACGAUGGUGAAGGUCGCGGGAAGUACUUGGAUGCGGGCAGGUCGUUAUGGAAAUACAGUGUUGUCUUCUUACUUAAUCUAAAAUUUUUGUAAUUGUUUUGUACCAAAACCAACAUUUGCGAACUGCCAUUGGUAAAAGUUAGGAGUUUUUGUCGAUUGCCACAGAUUUAUCAUACUUUUGGGUUGUUUGGGCACAGUGUUG